UGCAUGUGUAUGUGUAUGUGUGGUGUGUGUGUGUGUGCGUUUUUACUUUUGCAUGUAUCUGCUUUAUGACUGCGUAAAUGUGAAAGAAUUUUUCUGCCAUGUCGACAUCCGGAACACUGACUAGUUACUACGUCGAUUCCCUCAUUCUGCCUGAGAGCGAUGAGCUCUCUGUACCGAGAUACUCCUCCGGUGCUGGGCUCCAGCACUCCAGGCAGCCCUCCUCCAUCAGCGACCACAGCGAACUCGGGACUUGCACCUUCCCAUCCAAACCUCCGGUGUUCGGGCCGUCAUGGAGCCACGUCCCAGCUCAGUUCCCAGGCACCGUCUCCUCUCUCUAUCAUCACCACUAUGGGCACCCCCAAAGCUCGGUCGGUGCAGAUACAGAUGGCCGCUAUCAGUCCUGGCUGCUGGAACCUAUGUCCGGUUCCCUGCCCAUGACUGGAUUACCGACGACCCAACACUACGGAAUCAAACCGGAGGGUCUGGGACCGCGAGCUGAGGAAGCGUUGCCGGGUUCCCACACAGCGCUGCUGCUCUCUGAUUACGCCAACGGAACGGUGGCGACGGCAUCGCCGGUGGAAAAGGACUCAGUGGCCGGCCAAACGGCGGACAUGAGCGGUGAGGGAGAAGAGAAACCGGGCCUGGACCCAAAUAACCCAGUGUCCAACUGGCUCCACGCGAGUGCCACGAGAAAAAAGCGCUGUCCGUACACGAAGCACCAGAUCCUGGAGCUGGAGAAAGAAUUCCUCUUUAACACCUACCUGACCAGGGACCGUAGGUACGAGGUGGCGAGGCUGCUAAACCUCACCGAGAGACAGGUUAAAAUCUGGUUCCAGAACCGCAGGAUGAAGAUGAAGAAGUUUAAUAAAGACGGCGCACCGAAAGAUGAGUGACUGAACCGUAGAUCAACAGUUUUUAGGCUUUUUAGCGAGUUUUGUGUGUGAAAGUUCGUAACUCUGCUGGACCUUCUUCUAAAUUCCACUGUCUUAUUGUUCUAUAUAAUGGAAGCUAUUAGAUUUGUUUGUCUUGUUAAAAAAAAGCAUGUUGGGCUUCAGUUUGAUGCGACUACCUUUAUAUUGCACAGUGUUAGCAGUGCCCACUGUUUUUUUUAUUUUCGUUUUCAUGUUGAUUUUAAUUAACACUUCGUUAAAGUGUUAGUUGGCCUGGUCCCUGUGCUUGUUUGUGUGUGUGGAUGUUUCUAGUUGUGUGUAUUUUCUCGUUUGUAGCUAUAUUUGUUGUUCAUCUCAGAAAUACCUGAACUUAUAGUUUGUAAAAUAAUUUUGCUGUUUCUCCCUUAUUGCUAGAAAUACAAGCGAUGACCAUGAGUGUGAAUCUAACAUUGGAACCGUAGAAAAACGGACUGAUCAUAUUGACAAACCUCAAAAACCUCCUGGAAAUCUUACUAAGUUCAAAUCCAUUAGAAGCUAUAUUACAUGAUUGACUACCUAUGUCUUUCAACUACCUACAAUAACCAAUUUCUUCCGAUUAGAUUUGCUUGCAUUAGAUGCUGAACUGUGUCUGAAUAUCAGGGAGUAACACUUUGAAAGCUCAUGUUUAUUAGUGACAGUCAAAUUAAAGGAAACAUUGU